CUGAUGGAACUCAGAGGGCGCUGACUCCUGUGAUGGAAGAGGCAGGGAGCUGAGUCCUCAUUUCUCUGGUCCCUAAUUCCCUAGGGAAAAGUGGUCCCAUUUCUUUAUUGUCACAUUUGCUCAAAGGUAUUGGUGUAUUUCUUUAAUAGGAUUCUCUAUUGAGUUUAUUCUUUUAAUGUUUAACCAGAUCUUCAGCCCUGCCACUCCCUUCGAGGUCCUACCUUGUCCUCCCCAUUUCCUGAAGCCCUCACCAGCUCCAUUGCUUCUUACUUCCUUUUCCUGUUCUUCUGACUCCUUUUAUGGAAUGAUUUUUCUGAGAAAGUUACAUAUCAUAAAAACUGGACUAAUGGAUAUUCAUUGGAAGGACUGAUGCUGAAGCUGAAGCUCUAAUACUUUGGCCACCUGAUGCGAAGAGCGGACUCACUGGAAGAGACCCUGAUACUGGGAAAGAUUGAGGCAAAAGGAGAAGAAGGUGGCAAAGGAUGAGAUGCUUGGAUAGCAUCACCGGCUCAAUGGACAUGAACUUGGGUAAACUCUGAGGGAUAGUGAGGGACAAGGAGGUCUAGUGUGCUGCAGUCCAUGGGGGUCACAAAGAGUUGGACAUGACUUAGUGACUGAACAACAAUAAUCGGGUUAGCAUCUAAGAUGGUCCAGGUUUUUUGUCUUAAAGCUACCUUUUUUUCUCUAACGUUUCUGCUUGGGUUUCAUGUUGGCAUCCCCUGGACUGCAUGUAUUUUAUUUAGCACUCUUCAUUUUUAGGAAGCAUGGUUCUGGCCAAGAGAUCAGAUACUUGAAUAGAAACAAGGCUCAGUGCUUUUCUACUCUGCUGUUGUGCAAUGGGCUUCCAUAACAAACCGUUUUUAUUUAUUUAUUUUAGUAGUUCUUGGUUGGUGGUUCGGUGUUGGUAAACGGGAGAGCUAAUAGGCAAACUCCAACUCACAGAGAAGGAAAGGCUCGGUAGGCUCAGUUACUGUUUCAUCCCAUCCCAUUAUCUUCAAUCAAAAUCAACCCCACAGAGCUCACUUUCUAACUCUUCCACUUUGCUAAGUAUGUCUUCAGGAUGACAUUUGGUUAGUAUACCCCGUAUGUGUGUGAAUGAGUGUAGUAAUACAUGAUAAAAACAAUGUAUCUCUUAGUAAUUACUGUAUACAUUGGUUCCCUCAUACUUUGGAUAAUUUUUUUUUUUUCUCUUUUUUUUUUUCUUUUUUUAAAAAUAUGGAACACUUCACGAACCUGCGUGUCAUCCUUGCGCAGGGGCCAUACUAAUCUUCUCUGUAUCGUUCCAAUUUUAGUAUAUGUGCUGCCGAAGCGAGCACACUUUGGAUAAUUUUUAAUUCAAGGCGUUUUUUGAGUUAAGACUCACUAAUCUCAGGUGACUGAUAACUUAUAAAUGGAUACCCUGUAAGGAGAAUUCAAUACUUUUAAACAUGGCAAAAUCUAACAGGCAGCAGAGAAAAACAAACCAGAAAACUUAGGUGAGAGUUGAAUUAAAAGUUGAAUUAUUCUGUUUUUCAGUGAAAUGCAGUCUUAUAAAUCACUUUUUGCAAUCAGGAAAAACUGCACUUGUUUCUGGAACAACUGAAUCCCUGUUAUGUUUCUUAUUUUAUUGCAGAGGUUCAGUAUUUGCGGGUUUCUCUUGUGGCUCAGCUUGUAAAGAAUCUGCCUGCAAUGUGGGAGACCCUAGGUUCGAUCCCUGGGUUGGGACGAACCCCUGGAGAAGGGAAAGGCUACCCCAACUCCAGUAUUCUGACCUGGAGAAUUCCAUGGACUGUAUAGUCCAUGGGGUUGCAAAGAGUUGGACAGAACUAAGUGACUUUCACUUUCACUUCAGUAUUCCCUGGGGCGAGGAAGGCAGUAACUAACUUUGUUACUCUUCUUUUUCUUCAGAGGAACCUUCUAGCAGAGGAACUAGUCUACUAUUAACUCAAAUUUGUUAUUUGGGUGUCUUCUAAAGGCUCAGGAUGAUUUCUCUAUGUGGUGAAUUUUAGGUAUGAUCUAAAAGGGCAGCCAAAAGAUGCUUCCUUUUACUCUGAGCAGAGGUUGCUCAUGUUUCUUUACGCUGAAUUAAACUGGCCCCCCAAAUGAGUAGAGUGUCCAGACAGGUUCAUGCUCAAAGUUUUAGAAUACCCUGAAAGUGAAGUGGCUAAGUCGUGUCCAACUUUUUGCAACUCAAUGGACUGUAGCCUACCAGGCUCCUCCGUUGGUCCAUGGGAUUUUCUAGGCAAGAGUACUGGAGUGGAUUGCCAUUUCCUUCUCCAGGGGGAUGUUCCCAACCCAGGGAUUGAACCCAGGUCUCCCGCAUUGUAGGCAGAUGCUUUUACCGUCUGAGCCACCAGAGAAGUUCAUAGAAUACUUUGGAGGAUGUUUAAAAGUGGGUCCUACCUGACACAGAGCUCCAUGGCAAAACCGGAGCUUCCAAGACUCAGCACUGUUUGGUCUUUAAAGUGGGGUUUUGUUUAUGGAGUUUGUCUGUAGGCCAGUAGCAAAUUCUGCUUUAACUUUACCAGUCAGGUUUGCUAAUAAAGCAAAAUUAACAUGUACUGGAAGUGAAACAAAACCAUCCUUGUCUCUUCUGACCUGUCCCUCUAAUGCCUGUAUCUGCAGAAAGUUCACAUUCUAAGAACAGUUCUCAUAGGCAGGAGUUUAGAGUCUUCAGUUUUCCUACAUGAUUUGCCAACCCUCUGCUUACUAUAUAACCAUUACUUAUCGCUCAAAUACCUUUAGAUUUUACCACAAUUAUUUAUUUGAUGCGGAACAACAUUUGUAUUUUUCUGGCUAAUGUAUUUUAUAAGCUAGGAAACACUUGUCAGAAGUUAAUUGUCUGAAACAUGCAGAUAGGAGGAAAUGCUUUUUAAAAAAGACUUCUGUUUUUGUAUUCAUUUGAGAUAGAUAAGUUGAAGAAAUUAUUGGUUGAAGUCAAAUGAUUUAAAUCAGAUCCUGUGUGUGAAUACUUGCAUACAUGUGUGUUGACAAAAAUGUGUUUCAAUUUGAGAAUUGCAAAACUGGAUAUUUAAUUUUAAUUAUAUUUUUAUUUAUUUAAAAAGUAGAAGUGGUCUUUCAUUAUUGAUUUGAUUCUUUUGUCCCACAAAAUGAUUUUAUCAAAUUUGUCCUGUCUGGUUAAGAACAGGGGAACAUCUAAAAUCUGUGAUAGUUUCCAAGUUACAUAAUUUUAAGAGGCUUUUUGAGUCCAGCCUGCAGAGAGGCCUGAGCAAGAUGGCAGCUGCAUGUCGAAGCGUGAAGGGUCUGGUUGCCUUAAUAACCGGCGGAGCCUCAGGCCUAGGCUUGGCCACAGCGGAGCGACUGGUGAGGCAGGGGGCCACUGCUGUACUUUUGGACCUGCCCAACUCAGAUGGGGAGGCCCAGGCCAAGAAGUUAGGGAAGAGCUGCGCCUUUGCCCCAGCUGACGUGACCUCAGAGAAGGAUGUGCAAGCAGCUCUGACUCUAGCAAGAGAAAAGUUUGGCCGUGUGGAUGUGGCAGUCAACUGUGCAGGCAUUGCAGUGGCCAGCAAGACAUAUAACUUAAAGAAGAGCCAGGCCCAUACCUUGGAGGACUUUCAGCGAGUUAUCAAUGUGAAUCUCAUAGGCACCUUCAAUGUGAUCCGCCUGGUGGCUGGUGAGAUGGGCCAGAAUGAACCAGACCAGGGAGGCCAACGUGGGGUCAUCAUCAACACGGCCAGCGUAGCUGCCUUUGAGGGCCAGGUUGGACAAGCUGCAUACUCUGCUUCCAAGGGGGGCAUAGUGGGGAUGACACUGCCCAUUGCUCGGGAUCUGGCUCCCAUGGGUAUCCGGGUGAUGACCAUUGCUCCAGGCCUAUUUGGCACCCCGCUGUUGACCACCCUCCCAGAUAAAGUGCGCAACUUCCUGGCCAGCCAGGUGCCCUUCCCCAACCGACUUGGUGACCCUGCUGAGUAUGCUCAUCUGGUACAGGCCAUCAUCGAGAACUCAUUCCUCAAUGGAGAAGUCAUCCGGCUGGAUGGGGCCAUCCGCAUGCAGCCUUGAAGGGGGAAGGCAGAGAGAACAAAGGUUCCUCUGUCCCUCCCCCUCCUGGAGUGCUCUACUCCAGCUUGGAAGGAAGCCCAGUAGCCAUUUUGUAACCUCUGUCUAUCAGUCACCCUGUGUGCCUAAUAAAGUCUCUGUUUCUCACAGGAAAAAAAAAAAAAAGAGGCUUUUUUCUUAUAUAAAAUACAAGGAGAAGGGAAAUACACCUAGGAAUCAUUUCACAAUUUUUGCUGUAAAUUUUUAAUGGGUGAUAUGAUGGUAUUAAUUUCCUUGCUAGAUGUGGAUAAAUUUCCUUGUCUGUGUUAGGAAUUAAACAUUAAUUGGAAAGGGUUAAUGAGUUGAUGUGCUCAUGCUUAUAUCUGAAAUCUUCUGUAUGAUUCUUUUUUGAAUUAUAUAGUGCAUCUCUCCAUUUUUGUGCAGUACUUACACUCCUAACCCUUA